AUGUCUGCAAAGUGGCGAGCUCUCCAGCAUCGCCAUCGUUAUACUUACAGUGCUAUCAUCUUCCCCAGCUCGUUCACAGCUUCUUUGAGCCAAUCUAGUUUGUCUCAGUCUUGUCCCAAAUUCUACUCGGACAUUGGAGAAUUGGUUUCGUUGAAUUCAAUCUACGCGCAAGUUAAUCACGCAAAGAGAGUUGUUUCUUCGUUCGGAGAGGUACUCGCCAAGACCCAUGAAAACGAAGGAGAGAGAGAGGCACUUUAUGUACGGGAAGCUAUUAGGUUUUUCUUGGAGAUUCUGUUCAUGGAGAAUUCUUUGCCUCUACAUAGGACACUUGUCUCAGCCUUGGCUAAAAUCCGUAAGUUCCAUUCGGUGAUGAGCUCAUGUUUUCGGGAGCUUUGUGAUGAAUAUGGUGGUUUGGAAGAUGGUGGGAAGCGAUUCUGUGUGUCUAGAGUUGCUUUAUCUGUGUUGGGUAUGCCAAAGUUGGGAUAUUUUGUUGGUAUAAUUGAAGAUUGCGCGGUUUUGGUCGGUCAUGAUAUUGUUUCGGGGUUGAAUGGUAUUAUCUUAGAGACUGAAGCUUGUGCUAGGCCUCCUCCUACUGUUAUGGAGCAAUGCCAAGAGGCUUUGUCUUGCUCGUAUUACUUGUUUCAGCGGUUUCCUUUGAAGUUUCAAGGUUUAGUUGGGGAGGAUGCAAGUUUUAUGGAGAGAGUUUUUGGGGUUCAAUUAAGCAUUUUGAAGUCGGUGGCAUUUUCUCGGGAUUGUUAUGUGGCUGCUGGUGUGAGUUUUUGUGCUGCUCUGCAGGUCUGUCUCAAAGACGAGGAGCUUGUAUUGUUUAUAGCGCAAGGUAUUUUUUGCUGGAGUAGUGCCGUUAGAUUUACUGAUAUCGUUAGCAAGAUUCCAUUUGCUGGGGACAUUUGUUCUGAGAUAUGCAGUUUUACAUCUUUGAGUAGACUCUGCUUGAUCCGAGGUAUUCUUACUGCAGUUUCUAGGGGUAUUCUUGUUUCCUCUUUUGCUCGGUUGAGUAACAGUGAUUGUGGUCACAAAACUAUUCUGUAUGACGGAAUUUUGCCCGAACUUUGUGAUUUAUGCGAGAACCCCACUGACAGCCAUUUAAAUUUCCAUGCACUAACUGUGAUGCAGAUCUGCCUGCAACAGAUCAAGACGUCUCUGUUAACUGAUUUAUCAGAAGAUUAUGAUCCUAUGCCAGACAGCAUGGCAGCUCGGGUACUCAAACUUAUAUGGAACAAUUUGGAGGAUCCUUUGAGCCAGACAGUCAAACAAGUUCAUCUCAUGUUUGACCUCUUACUAGACAUUCAAACCACGGUUCACCAGACAGAUGAUAAAGUGGGAGCAAGGGAAUCUUUGCAGAAAAUUGUCAAAUAUCUUCUUCGUUUAGGAUCACGCUGUAAGGGAAGGUACGCUCCAUUAGCAUCCUUGACAAAGCGGUUAGGUGCUAAGACUUUGUUGGCUAUGAGCCCUAACCUACUGUUUGAGAUGGCAAAUGCAUAUAGUGAUGAUGAUGUAUGUUGUGCUGUCACAUCAUUUAUAAAAUGUUUCCUUGAAAUGUUGCGUGAUGAAUGUUGGGGGAGCGAAGGUGUUGAACAGGGUUAUGCGCGUUAUCGAGAACAUUGUUUGCCUCCUUUCCUUUACGGGCUUGCUUCUGGCAUUUCGAAACUCAGGUCCAAUUUAAACACGUAUGCAGUACAAGUUUUGCUGGAACUGGAUGUAGAUAGUAUAUUCCCUUUGCUUGCGUUUAUAUCAAUUAGGCCGAGUGACGAAGAGACCAAGCUAAUAUAUACUGAGCUGAGUAACAUGAGUAUAGAACUGACUGUUGAACAGAAAGUGGCUGUUUUAGUGUCACUGCUGAAAGUUUGUCGUACACUUGCAUUCCUUGAAGGGGAUAUUGAACAAAAAGGAAGUGUUGAUGCAUUUGCAUUUGUCCAAAUUAAGGGUAUUGAGUUAAAAGUUCCCAUUGAGUGGCUAAAAAUGGCCUUAACCCAUGUUGAUGAGUCGGUUCGUGUGGAUGCUGCAGAGACUCUCUUCUUAAACCCCAAGACAGCUAGUCUUCCAUCCCCUUUAGAGCUCUAUCUCAUGAAGGUAGCUGUUCCCUUGAACAUGAGGUCAUCUUCUACAGGUUUUCAAAUGAAAUGGACCAGUUUGUUUGGGAAAUUUUUUUCUCGGGUCCGUACGUCGCUGGAAAAGCAGUAUAAGCUAGGGAGCUGGCAACCACUUCUAGCCAUUGGAAACAGUGAGCCAUGUUUAAAUAAAAAAGGCGACGAGAAUGCAGUCCUACGAGCAGAGAGUCUGUUCAAGUUUAUGAGGUGGUUGAGUUCCUUUUUGUUUUUAUCUUGCUACCCUUCGGCUCCUUUUAGGAGAAAAAUAAUGGCGACGGAACUUAUAAAGAUCAUGAUUGAAGUCUGGCCUGUCGUGCCUUCUAAGGGCCCCACUUUGCAUGAAGGUCAUCUUUACCCAUACUGUGAUAUUGUGACUUCGCAUGAUUCAACAUUAUUGCUGGUUGGAUCGAUUGUUGAUAGUUGGGACAAGAUUAGGGAGAAUUCUUUCCGUAUUUUGCUUCAUUUUCCAACUCCAUUUACUGGCGUUUCAAGUGAAGACAUGGUCCAAAUCAUUAUUCCUUGGGCCAAACAACUAGUCUGCAGUCCACGGGUAAGAGAGAGUGAUGCAGGUUCUUUGACUCUGAGGCUUGUCUUUAGAAAGUACGUAUUGGACCUUGGAUGGAUAGUCAAGGUUUCGACCAAUGUUGUUUGUUGUCAAAGAGAGAGUGAAAGCAUGAAUGGUCUUUAUCAGAACUCUAAACCCAUGUAUCCUGUGAUUGAGUAUAUCAAAUCAGUUAUUGAUUGGCUUGAUGGUUCUGUGAAGGAGGGAGAGCGUGAUCUCUCUGAAGCAUGCAAGAACAGUUUUGUUCAUGGGGUAUUACUGGCUUUGCGUUAUACUUUUGAGGAAUUAGACUGGAGCUCUAACGCAGUGUUAUCUAGUAUAUCAGAGAUGAGAAAGGAACUGGAAAAGCUUCUUAAAUUGGUGACACGAAUAACUACAUUAGCACUCUGGGUGGUUUCUUCAGAUGCUUUGUGUUUGCCUGAGGAUAUGGAUGACAUAAUAGAUGAUGAUAGUUUCUUGUCAGAUGUUCAAGCUAAUGCUGCCCCUGUUGUCUCAGAGGAACACAAGAAUACAUAUUCAAAACCUAUGCAUCAAACAGUACAAUCAGAACAGGUAGUUAUGGUUGGUUGCUGGCUCGCUAUGAAGGAGGUGAGUCUUCUUUUAGGAACCAUCAUAAGAAAGAUUCCAUUAUCUACCGGCAGCCAUACACCUUUGGAAAAUGGUGAUCCGGCUUCUGCAGUCCCUGAUGAUUCAGUGAUAGGAAAUUCUGAAUCUCUGCUUGACCUGAAGCAACUUGAAAAGAUUGGAGACCACUUCUUGGAAGUACUUUUGAAAAUGAAACACAGUGGUGCGAUAGAUAUGACAAGAGCUGGAUUUACAGCGCUGUGCCACCGUUUACUAUGUUCUAACGAUCCAAGACUUUGUAAGUUGACAGAAUCCUGGAUGGAGCAACUUAUGGAAAGAACUGUGGCCAAAGGACAAACAGUGGACGAUUUGUUAAGAAGAAGUGCAGGAAUUCCUGCUGCAUACAUUGCUCUUUUUCUCUCAGAGCCGGAAGGUUCACCAAAGAAGCUUCUCCCACAGGCGCUUCGGUGGCUAAUAGGUCUUGCAGAGAAGCCUCUCAUGGAUACCAUGGAACAGAACGGUUCUAAACAUAUGAAUGAGGAGGUCAAUUCUUCUGAUAUGCAUUCAAGCAAAAAACUUUCAAAGGUCCGUGAUGAAGGUGUUGUUCCAACGGUGCAUGCUUUCAAUGUUCUCAAAGCUGUUUUCAAUGACUCAAACUUGGGCACUGAUACUUCUGGGUUUUCAUCGGAGGCUAUGAUUGUUUCAAUAAGAUCCUUUUCUUCACCAUAUUGGGAGGUCAGAAACAGUGCCACACUUGCAUACACUGCCUUGGUCCGUCGAAUGAUUGGAUUCCUUAAUGUUCAAAAACGUAGAUCUUCUCGGCGUGGCUUGACUGGGCUUGAAUUUUUUCACAGGUACCCCUUGUUGCACCCUUUCAUAUAUAGUGAACUAAAGGCGGCAACUGAUUUGCUCGACACAUCUGGUCCAUCAGAUUCAAACCUCGCAAAUCUUGUCCAUCCGAGUUUAUGGCCCAUUCUCAUUCUCUUAUCUAGGCUUAAGCCUUCACCCAUUGCAAGUGAAACUGGAGAUGACCUGGACCCGUUCGUUUUCAUGCCCUUUAUUGUGAAAUGCUCUACUCAAAGCAAUCUCCGUGUUCGUGUUUUGGCAUCCCGUGCUCUAGUAGGUCUUGUUUCCAUUGAGAAACUCCAAACUGUUCUUCUCCAAAUUGCCUCAACAUUACCUCCUAAUGGGGCCCAAGGUGGGUCCUUCAAUUAUCUGCACGGAAUUUUGUUGCAACUUGGUAAUCUCCUAGAUACAAACUGUAGAGACCUUGCUGAUGACUCUAAGAAGGAUCAGAUUAUUGGAAAAUUGAUCAAUGUCCUUGCAAAAUGCACGUGGAUGGCUUCUCCAUUGUUGUGUCCGUGCCCGAUCCUCAGUACAUCAUUCUUAAGAGUACUUAAUCAUAUGCGAGUUAUUGGAUCAACAUGCUCUGAAAGCAAAAAUCUAAGGGACAUUUACAAAUUGCAUUUGGAUCUAUCUACAAAUUGCUUGGAUGCAGAUGGUUCUUAUGGUUUCUCCUAUUAUGACCCUACGAUUGCUGAGCUUAGGGAACAAGCAGCUGUAUCUUAUUUUGGUUGCGUAUUUCAGCCAUCUGAUGAAGCAGCUGAAGUUUUCCAGAUUAUUCAAAGACCACACUUGCGAUUGCAGAAAGUUCCUGGAGCAUCAGAUUUUCCUGACCUUAACGAAAGGCUCCUUCGUUGUAUAUCUGAUCAAUCAUAUGAAGUUCGUCUUGCAACACUGAAGUGGUUUCUGCAGUUUCUGAAGUUGGAAGAUUCCAGUUUCUUAGAGUCGAGCAGUAUUUGGAACUGGGCAAAAAAGGGUCUCCAGGUGAUAUUAUUGGAGCUCUUGGACAAGGAGAAAAACCAUAAAUGUGAGAAUUACAUUCUAAGGGUUCUUUGCCAGUGGAAUCUUCUUAUGUUAAAAAAAUCAUCUAAAGGGGAAUCUGUUGAAGGCAUUUAUGUUGGUUCGUUGAAUUAUGAUUCGGUGUUUCAUCUUUGGGGAAGGCUGACUUCGCUAUAUGAGAGCGCACGACAUGCGAAAACCCGAGGUACACUCAUGUGUUGCCUGGCAAUUUGUGUGAAGCAUCUCACAGGUUUGUUCUUCCACAAAAACGAAUCUGAAGAGGAAGAGGAACCAAGAAGGGGUUUUGUAAUUGAUUGUGUCUCCUACUUUGUUAACUUGAUCAAACAGAAAAGCUCAUCAUCCGAGCAAGUGAAUGUCCGCCUGGCAUCUGCAGAAGCUAUUAUAGCAUCCGGUAUACUGGAACAAGCGAAGCUCAUCGGUCCUCUUGUCUCAAAUCACCAAAUUCCUUCUGCAGCUACACCAAGCAAGUUUCAAAAUGCUUGUGAUGUAUACGCAUACCAAAUUCUGGAGAUGUGGUUCACUUGCAUCAAACUGUUGGAGGAUGAAGAUGAUCCCAUCAGGUCAAAACUUGCUAUGGAUGUCCAGAAGUGUUUCUCCACUGACAUGGAAGUUCCUACUCAAGUAGAGAAGGUCUUGGAAUUGAGCUUCAAUCAUUUAUCUUCUGUCUUUGGGCACUGGAACGACUAUUUCCAAUAUCUCUCGAGAUGGGUCUUCAACACCGCAGAUUACACAUCCCUUCCAAAGGGAGGUAGUGAUCUAGUGAGACGGGUUUUCGACAAGGAAAUCGAUAAUCACCAUGAAGAAAAGCUUCUGAUCUUGCAGUUUUGCUGUUACCAUCUACAGAGACUACCAAACAGAGAAUUUUCCCCGGGACAACUACUCGAGUGGAGGAGUAAAUUCCACAACCAGUUGCUUUCUUUCACUAAAGACCAUGUCGGGAAACAAAGAGAGAGCUGGGUAGGCGGGGUCGGGAACCACAAGGAUGUGUUUUUGCCACUCUAUGGUAAUCUCCUCGGUCUCUACGUCUUCUCCAACGGCAUUUUCAGAGUCUCAACUGAUAGCAAUGACAAGAAAACUCUGUUUUCUGAUAUGGUUGAACUUGGGGAUGCCCUGAAUCCGUUUUUGAGGAACCCUCUGGUGUCUAACAUGUUCCGAGUAGUUGUCAGUUUACAUGAGAAGUCGCUGGAUGAUUCGUUAGUGGAUUUAUCUACUGUUCUUGCAGGAGAUAUUUGGGAAGGUUUUGAUCCAUAUUUUCUUCUCACAUAG